UUCGGACCUUAUUGUAUUCAUUUCUCUGGAAUUUUAGGUACACGAUGUCCAACUGAUAUGGCUGAAAUCCCUUCAAAUCUAAUGGAAUAUUGUUUCAAUGAUUUGUCAGUCUUACGCGAAAUCGCGAAAGAUAGCAAUGGGAAUUCAAUAAGUGUGGAAGAAGCAGCAUCAUUAAUUACAUCUCGUUUUGCUUUUACAGCUACUGAAAUGCUCCAGCAGGCCAUUUAUGCUUUAUUUGAUUUGGAAAUACAUGGACAUAAUGCAUAUGGCAUUGUAAAUGGUUCCUAUUCUUCAACUGAUUUAUUCAAUUCGAUAUGGUCCGUCGUGUUUCCGAAUGUUGUAAAAGGGGAAAACUGUGCUUGGCAACAUAGGUUUUCUCAUUUAUUUCCAUAUGGCGCAAAAUAUUAUUCAUAUAUGGUUGCCAAAGCAGCUGCAUGUUUAAUUUGGAACACUCGAUUUCGUGAUGAUCCUUUUUCUUCUGACGCUGGAAAGAUGUGGGCUAAGGUGCAAUCUUAUGGCGGAGCUCUGCCUUCAGCAGAUUUACUUCACAUUGCUCUUGGUUACUGGCCAACUGUUCAGAAUCUCGCUAAUGCGAUAAAAAAUGAAGCUAACAAUACUUGCCAAUUUUCUGCUGUUAACUUUUAG